AUGGGACAUUGCUCAUCAACGACCUCGGCAACAACCCCUACCACAACAGUAACUAUAGAUACAAAAGCGAACCAGUUGCCGCAUGCUGCUGUUGCACCUGCAAGUUCGUCUCAGCCUAAACAUGCAAUGCUUUCUUAUCAAUGGGCCAGUCAAGAGUUGGUUAAAAAUGUCUAUACCUUUUUACGCUCGAAAAAUUUAGCAGUUUGGAUGGAUAUAAACGGUGGAAUGAGUGCAAAUAUCUAUCAGUGCAUGGCUGAAGGUGUAGAAAAUGCAAAUGUCGUAGUGUGUUUUUUAACACAAAAAUAUCAAAAUUCAGAAAAUUGUCAACAAGAGUUACAGUAUACGAGAACUAAAAAUAUUCCAAUAUUACCAGUUCGACUUGAAAGAGAUUGGAAGCCAACUGGAUGGUUAGGCUUGGUCACUGCUGGAUUACUCUGGGUAGAUUUCCGUGGUUGUAAUGCAAGCAAUUAUUCGGAGUAUGCUGAGCUACUUUAUCAACAAAUUCAAACAAUUUUACACCCUUCAAUAUCAAACACAGUUGUUGCACCUUCAGAAUCAAAUGCUAAUGAAGCCCCAUCUCAUCAACUAUCAAUUCCAACGAAAAAGUUUGAGCAAGAAUCUCUAGCCUUACAGACACAACCUAGUGAGUUUAGUUUAAGUUUUUUCCGAUUUAGUAGAAGCGAAUUCUCUGCAGAAUCACUAAAAUUCCCCACAACUUAUCCAUUUGUACCGCCGUGCAGUAGAGAAAUUUUCAAUAGCCAUAUGAAAAACUGGUUGAAAGGAAACCCAUUCAGCUGCAUCGCCUACGCUCUUUCUCGUACGACUAAAUAUGAUCAAAAACUCCCUUUUUUGGCGACUUUUCAGAGAUCCAGAUAUUGAAAACUUUCGUGAAAGCGAUUUAGAAAAUUUGCAAAAAUCUAUUUUUAUGUGUUCAAAUAUUUCCAGAUGACUAGUAAACACAUCGACUGAAUGUGCUUUUUAAACUUCUAAAAAUGUGCUAGUUUUAUGUUCUCUGCAAAACUAGCCAAAAGCGACAUCUGAUGUUUUCUUCGUUUAUGAGGAGCUCGAAUUUGCCUCGACCCACCUCGACCCAUGCUUUUCAGUCUUUUAGGA